AUGCAUCCGUGUGCCAUCAUCGCAUGGUACCUCCCAGACGCCUUGACCGAUGCCACCCAGUACAGAAUGAAAUUUGGGGCGGCCUCGGAUUUGCUAGCUCCCAUGCUCGAACAAAGCAUAAAGCUCGAUGGGAUUUGGUGGACUAAUCAACAGUGGUUCACACCAAGCUCGGAAAAUGAUGUCCUAACUCCCGGAUGCGUUAAUUUAUCUCCGGCAUGGUUUCAGCAGGGGCACGAGAAUCAGUCCGAUCCGGAGGUAUCUGCAUCAUUGAAGGGACCAUCCUCCGAGAACAUCCUCAAAGCCAUUGCGAGGCCAGCAGCCAUUGCCACAGCGGCACUCAGGGUGAUGCAUCCUGAGCAGUACUGGGCAGGGUUGCAGGCCUUUGCGAGCCUCGGAGAAAAGGCACGAAGCAAGGAACUGCCGAAGAUGUCAGAGACUCUCCAGUACUGGGCAACGGUGUUUUAA